AUGGGGGGAGACAGGGCCCUCAGGGGCCGGGGCCAGCACCCCAGUGCGAGGGGUGCACUGGGCCAGUCCAGGGUCUUCCUGCUCACCUACGUGCUGGUCGCGACGGAGCUCACCUGCCUCUUCAUGCAGUUCUCUGUCAUCCCAUACCUGGCCCGGAACCUGGGCCUGGACUCUGUUGCCUUCGGCUACCUGCAGACCACCUUCGGGGUGCUCCAGCUGCUGGGUGGACCCGUAUUUGGCAGGUUCGCAGACCAGCACGGGGCGAGGGCCGCGUUCACGCUCUCCUUCCUGGGGACUUCCGUGCUCUUCCUGCUCCUGGCUGCCGCCUGCAGCCCGGCCCUGCCCGGCGUCGCCCUGCUGUUCGCCUCGCGCCUGCCCGCCGCUUUCAUGCACGCGCUGCCAACCGCCCAGAUGGUCAUCACGGACCUGUCCCCGCCCGAGGAGCGGCCUGCGGCGCUGGGCCGGCUGGGCCUCUGCUUCGGCGUCGGCCUCAUCUUCGGCUCCCUACUCGGCGGGACCCUGAGCACCGCGUGCGGGAUCCAGUGUCCCGCCCUCGUGGCGCUCGUGGCCAACCUCCUGGGCGCCGCCCUUAGUUUCACCUGCAUCCCGGCCAGCACCAAGGGAGCCAGCGCAGCUGCUCAGGCCGCCCGCCCAGGUGGGCCCAAGCCGGGCGUGUUUGACCUGAAGGCCAUCACCCACCUGCUGCUGUUGCCUGGCGUCCUGCCUGUCUUCCUCAUCAAGGUGGUCUCCGGCUUCCCCUCAGGGCUCUUCAUGGUCAUGUUCUCCAUCAUCUCCAUGGACUUCUUCCAGCUGGAGGCUGCCCAGGCUGGCUACCUCAUGUCCUACUUUGGGGUUCUGCAGAUGGUCAUUCAGGGCCUGAUCCUGGGGUGGCUGAGCAGCCGCUUCUCCGAGGGCACCCUGCUCCGCGCCAGCGUGCUGGUCUUCACCGCCGUGGGAGUGGCCAUGGCGCUCAUGACCAGCAUCUUCCACUUCUGCCUCCUGAUGCCCGGCCUGGUCUUCAGCCUGUGUGUCCUCAACGUGGUGACCGACAGCAUGCUGACCAAGGCCGUCUCAGCCUCGGACACAGGCGCCAUGCUGGGCCUCUGUGCCUCUGUGCAGCCCCUGACCCGCACUCUGGGGCCCACCCUGGGCGGCCUCCUGUACCGAAGAUUCGGCGUGGCUGUCUUCGGACAUGUGCAGGCAGCCGUCAACCUCCUGGUUCUCCUGGUGCUCUGGUGGAAGCCUGUGCCCCAGAAGAGGGACAAGCUCCAGUGA